AUGGCCGCACCAACACCCGAAUUCUUGCGCUUCACAACCCAUAAAUCCUUCACACAGCGACUCAUCCUCUCCACGCUGACCGGCCGACCCAUCCACAUCUCGCAGAUCCGCUCCUCGUCCCCCACCAACCCCGGUCUCGCACCCCACGAGAUCUCCUUCCUUCGCCUCCUCGAUUCCGUGACCAAUGGCUCGAGCCUACAGAUCUCGUAUACGGGGACGACGCUCACAUAUCAGCCUGGUCUGAUCACCGGCAAUGUGGGCGCGAAGGGUGAUGUAGUAGUGUGUUCGCUGCCGGAGGGGUGUAGGAGGGGGGUUAGUUGGUUUCUUUUGCCGCUUUGUCAGUUGGCGCCGUUCUCGAAGGGGGUGUGUAAUGUAAGGUUUGAGGGGGAGGGGACGAUUACUUCGGCGACGGAGACGGGGGAUGUGAGUGUGGACACUGUCAGAACGGGGGUUCUGCCUUUGUAUGAGAAAUUUGGGAUCCUGGGCGCGAAGAUGGAAUUGAGGGUUCUGCAGCGGAGUUGUGCGGGUCCUGGAGGGAAAGGAGGUGGUGGGAUUGUGGAAUUGAGGUUUGGUGCACAGAUUAGACUUCCGAAGACGCUGCAUUUGAACAGGAGUCCUGGAAGGGUCAAGAGGAUAAGAGGAGUGGCGUAUUGCACGGGAGUGAGUGCAAGUAAUAAUGCGAGAAUGAUACAUGCUGCGAGGGGGAUUUUAAAUCCGCUUGUCAGUGAUGUUCAUGUUGCUGCGCAGUAUGGCCAGGCUCCUUUGGUAUCGAGCAACGAUCCAUCGAAUCCAGGAGGGAAAAAACGGACGGGUGUGGGCUUUGGACUGAGCUUGAUUGCGGAGUGUAGCACGGAGGCGGUCAUAUACACUGCGGAUGUAGCAGCGCCUUCGGAUGGAGGAGUCACUCCAGAGGAUAUUGGGAAGAAGGCAGCAUGGCAGCUACUGGAGUGUAUUGAAAGAGGUGGAUGUGUGACGACAGUUGGUAUGGGGACGGUCUUACUCCUCAUGGCUAUGGGCUCAGAAGACGUUGGAAGAGUUAGACUGGGGAAAGGUGUUGUGGGGACAGAAGACUUCAUAUCAUUAGGGAGAGAUCUGAAAAGAUUCGGAGGUAGUAAUUGGGGUUUACGGGAUUGUGGGGAUGAGACGGGAGAUAUAAUUGUCAGUGUCAAAGGAAUUGGCGUUGGUAAUGUGGGAAGGAAAAUAGCAUAA